ACGAAGCAAGAAGUGACAAAAGUCAUGGCGGUCAUCAAACCUGUCGACUACGGGGCUUUCUUUGACACAGUCUCACCAGCCAUUGAGACCCACCCGGCCAACUACACAGAGGAGGUGAAAUCUGCCUUCCUCCAGGCAAUAUAUGACAGAGGGAAUCUGUCCUCUCCAGCAAUAAAUGACUCAGAGUUCCUGCUGUGGCUCAGGGUUCGCCUGCGCCCUCUGCUGGUCGACCUCUCUCCCAGCCUGGUGACACCUUUACUUGACAUUGGGAAGAACAGGAGUUGUAAUAGCAGCCAAGAAAUCAUCACAUUGUUGGACACACUACACUUGACACUUACGAAUAACACUAAAAGGGAAAUCUUUAAAAUUACCCUCCUCUUCCUUCAAGGUCCAACACCUCUCAAAUGUUACACUGGCAGAAGCUUGUACAUCUAUCUGAAAGACACAUUCCUCAGCUUUGGAUUCCCAGAUUUGUCCACGUUCAAAUCUCUUCUGCCAGCGACACGUGAAUCAGAGCUCCUAAGUACCAUCAACGCCGCAGAGCUGAAUCAGCUCCUCAAUCAACCCAAUAUGAUUGACAACAACUCUGACAUCUGUGUCCUUUUCAACAACUACAAUUCAUCAGGAGAGACUUGAUUCACAUUUAAAAAUGUUUAUUUUGACAAAUGCACUUUGGACUUUUGGACUUCGCAAAGUGCGACAUCCUUUGCCCUUAACCCUCAACAAGAGUAAGGAAAAACUACAAAAACCUUUUGACAGGAAAAAACGUAGAAACCUCAGGAAGAGCCACAUGCGAGGGAUCCCUCUUCCAGGACGGACAGAAGUGCAAUGGAGACUGUGAGCCACUUAUGUAGCCGUUCGUAAUGUUCUUUUUUCCACAGCUGACUUGCAUGUACAACCUGCUCAAG